GUGUAACCCGUGAGAUAUCCAUCUCCUCUGCUUCAGUGGAUUUAAAUGAUUGUUCAACCACCCAAUGACUGAGUAAAUGUUUGGCCUGAAAAUGGGAAAACCAAAUCUAACAAGAAUUUCCUGGGAGGUGAUGCACAAUUCAAGAGCUAUAAACCAGCCCAGAUAGAGUUUCUCACACCCCCACAGGAAUAAGAAAAGCCCCAGCCUUCCUUUUUAGAAGUUAUUGUGGGCUGGGAGACUUCCAGCUGAUUCAGCCAUAAGCACACGGAAUUGUCACUUUUGCCAAAUUAAGCGGUUGUAUUUGGUUAUCUCUUGCAAUUGGACUGGGUAUGGAUUGUAAUCCUAGAGUUUCAUUGGCAUUUCUGUACAAAAACGACCCGUUUUAUUCACUUUGUCUGUCUGAUUUAAUGAGAGCUCCCCGGGGUGUGAGCAACCAGUUUAUGAAAGAGCAAAGGAACCUAACAGAGUCAUUAAAGCGGAUAGAUUGUUGUCAAAUGAGCAGAAUAGGACAACUAAAUGAAGAGAAGAGACAGUUUGCGAUGCUGAUGAAGAGAAGGCUGACCCCUAGAAGCAGCAUGCUUGUUUCUCUGCCAAGAGAGAGGGACUCCAAAAGAACCUUCUCAACAAAGACUUUUAGAGACCUGACAUCUGGAAAAAGCAGCAUUGAAAGCUGUGAAACUGUGUCAACUGUUUCCAGUUACAGGACUGGUUCCACAACUUCAAAAAGCUUGAAUAAUUUUGAAGGGAAGAAACAGAGAAAUCAAACAAGUCAUCUCCCUGUACGUAGGGAGUACAGCACCAAUAUAUUACAGGAAAAGAGAUGUCAGUAUGGAGAGACUGCACAACUCCUUGUAAGAAGCGAGAGCUGCUUCCCUAGACUGCCAUCAAAAAAUAUCAGUGAAGCCUUCCUCACAACCAGGGGAAAUUCAUGAUGUCUACUUGUUUACUUUGUACCAGUAUGCGGCAAAACACACACAUAACCAACAUAGGGGUAUAUUUAUCAAAGAAUGAAGUUAGAGAUCACCACAGUCCUGUAGAGUGAAAUUCCCCCACUCUCCAUUCAUUUUGAUGGGAUUUUUAAGAGUAUUUAUCAAUGGGUGAAAGUAAAAAUUCUUUUGAUAAAUACCCCUUUCAAAUUUCACUCUAGAGGACUGUAGCGAUCUCUAACUUUACUAUUUGAUAUAUAUACCCUAUAGAGUGAAAGAGGAAAAAAAUACAGUUGGUUAAACUGUAUCGAAAGUGUGCAAAUUCAUUUCUUGUGUCCUGCUUGUCUUGUACUGGUCAGAAUGAUCACACAGGGGGUCCUCAGAAGAUUUUUUUGGGCAAAAUACUGAAUUGUCUGACCAGUUUAAUUUUUAUAGUGGGGGGGUGGGUAACCAAUUUAUUUGUAAUUUUUAUUAAUGGGGUAGCUCAAAGGUGAACUUUUAUUGUGUUAUACAAUGCCCUAGAUAUUUGUGCCAUACAGUAAGAUCCAAGAGGAUCAUUUUGUUACUUUAAAUUAGUUUUAUUUACAUUUUUAUUUGUUGUUAUCUUUCUAGUCAGGCCCUCUCCUAUUCACCUUCUAUUCUGUCAUUGAAACUACUGGCUGGUUGCUAAGGUAAAUCUGACCGGAGUAAACAGGUGCUAUAUAUCUAUACUGAAUAAAAAGCCAUAAAAAAACA